AUGUCUCUGACCAAGGCUGAGAGGACCAUGGUCGUGUCCAUAUGGGGCAAGAUCUCCAUGCAGGCGGAUGCCGUGGGCACCGAGGCCCUGCAGAGGCUCUUCUCCAGCUACCCGCAGACCAAGACCUACUUCCCGCACUUCGACCUGCACGAGGGCUCCCCGCAGCUGCGCGCGCACGGCUCCAAGGUGGCGGCCGCCGUGGGCGACGCGGUCAAGAGCAUCGACAACGUGGCGGGCGCGCUGGCCAAGCUGAGCGAGCUGCACGCCUACAUCCUGCGCGUGGACCCGGUCAACUUCAAGUUCCUGUCCCACUGUCUGCUGGUCACGCUGGCCUCGCGCCUCCCCGCCGACUUCACGGCCGACGCCCACGCCGCCUGGGACAAGUUCCUGUCCAUCGUGUCCAGCGUCCUGACGGAGAAGUACCGCUGA